GUCAAAUCCCAACUCUCCAGAGCCGAUUCAAUAUCCUUGUCCAUCAUUAUGGAUCCUGUUACUAUUGCGGCGACCACCUUGGCACUCCUUCGCCCCUCUUCAGUCGCGAUUGCGAUAGAAUUCAUCUCAAAAAUUCUUGAUCCAGCGUUCGAUAUUGAAGUAGAAAAGGUCGAGGAGGAUGUAGGUUUCAACCGCGCCCAUCUUCAGGUCACAGGGCCAAAUGGCAGACGAGGAAAAUUUUUAGCGCUAUUGGAUACUGGUGCAGAUGCAAAUUUUAUAGAUGUCGACACCGCCAAUCUACUCGAUGCUCCAAUCAAGAGAUGUAGCGAAGGAUUGUCCUUCGACACUGCGGAAGGACGCACCAUCACUCCAAUUGGUGAGAUCACAGUUCGGUUCAAAACCGCCACGUCGUCAGUGCACACUCAGAAGUUUUAUGUGAUGGAGAAGACAAGAUAUUCUAUUAUAAUAGGUCAUGAAUUCAUCAAAGAAGCAAAGUGGAUGAUGCGCCAUCGUGAUUACAGCGUACUGACGCUGGCAAAGCAGAGUGAGGCUUCCAAACAACAAGAGAAAGCCAGAAAGGCCCAGAAGGAGGAGGAAAAGAAGCGUGACAGAGAUGCGGUUCUGCGAGAUAUGAAGAAAGAUCGAACGAGUCGAGAUACUCAAAGCCGAGAUUGACAAGAAUGUUGACAACAUGCUUCGUGUCAGACGUUAAGCACGGAGCCAGCAUCCGCGGGAAUCACCCGAGAAGAAUGUGUAACGAGAGAAGGAUACGUAUGAGCCAUACACGUCAGGGAGUGAUCUCUUGGGGGUGACAGGGAGGGCACUGUUACCAGCGGCUGGAAGCUCGUCAACGUGGAGGGAUGAUCCACCCCUAGCUCCUUCUCCCUUCUGCCAGCACUCGUCGGUUCAUCUCCUCCGCCUCCUCGUACUUCGUACAAGGUUGUGUCCGGGGACAGGUUUGGCUGAGGACAUUUGCUUACCUAUACUCCCUUACUAUAUUCCUCUUCCCCAUGUGGCUCGAGUACUGCCGAGAGUCCAAAUCCGCUCUGGAGCCCGAAAGUGUCCAGACUACAUUUAUAGGGCGGGACCUUUCCAUUAUCUAUGAUUUCUAUAUGGAGAAGAAGGGUCCAUGUGAGCAUGCUUCUAGUUUGCUAGCGAGCCGGUCCGUGCCAUUCUUCAUGAUAUCCCGAGAGCCAAGCUCGGAUGGAGAGAUAGGUUCACUGGUGUUCCUGUUGACUUUUCUUGAGCCGAUCUCGAAUACCCGGGCUGCUGUCGAAUACGAGUGCCCCGUCGGCGGAGGCCACCCACUGUGGCUUACUUCUCGCAAAACACUCCAACACCGGCUUUGGUGCCUCUGGGAACAGACCUAACGAAAGGACUGCAAAUACAACUAGUCAGCAUGCUUGAGGGUUUUGUUCUCGGGAUACCCUGUAGCUUACACGACUGUCCCGGGAAAGCAAUGGUAUACCCCCGGAUAGGGCUAAUGUCCCGUCAUAUCAG